AGCAGCUCCUCUACUCCGUCGCUCUCUGCUGUGUGCUCCAGUCUGCAAAAACUAGCCAUCAUGGUUUGUCACAAGGAGUUUCAGAGUGCAGGGAAGCAGCCGGGGAUACAGGUGUGGCGUAUCGAGAACAUGGACCUGAAGCCUGUUCCCAAAAAACUGUACGGCAGUUUUUACACCGGAGAUGCUUACCUGCUGCUGCACACCACCAGUGCCCCAUCCUAUAACAUCCACAUGUGGCUGGGAGSUGAGUGCUCGCAGGAUGAGAGCGGAGCUGCAGCCAUCUUUGCCACACAGCUGGAUGACUUCCUGGGUGGUGGGCCCGUGCAGUACCGGGAGGUACAGAACUAUGAGUCCCGCACCUUUUUGGGGUACUUCAAGUCUGGAAUCAAGUACCAGAAAGGGGGCGUGGCAUCAGGUUUUAAACACGUGGAGACCAACGACAUGAACGUGUCRCGCCUGCUUCACGUCAAGGGCCGCAGGGCCAUCAGAGCCACCGAGGUGGAGCUGAGCUGGGCCAGCUUCAACAAGGGGGACUGCUUCAUUAUUGACUUAGGAAAGGACGUGUACCAGUGGUGCGGCAGUGAGUGUAACCGCUUCGAGCGGCUGAAAGCCUCUCAGGUGGCGAUUGACAUCAGAGAUAACGAAAGAAACGGUCGAGCCAAGGUGCACAUGGUGGAGGAGGGCAGCGAGCCGGACGCAGUUCUGCAGGCUUUAGGACCAAAACCCACCAUUGCUCCCAGUACUCCAGACGAUGAGAAGGUGGACACCUCCAACAGGCAGAAGGCUGCCCUCUACAUGAUCUCAGAUGCUUCUGGUUCCAUGAAGGUGACGGCUGUGGCUCAGUCCAGUCCCUUCAAACAAGCCAUGCUGUCUCCUGAGGAGUGCUACAUUGUGGACAACGGAGUGGAUCAGAACAUCUUUGUUUGGAAAGGUCCAAAGGCCAACACGUCUGAGCGUAAAGCAGCCAUGUCUGCAGGGGAGCAGUUCAUCAAAGAUAAAGGAUACAGCAGUAAGACGCAGAUCCAAGUUCUUCCUGCAGGAUCUGAGACCACUUUGUUCAAGCAGUUCUUCUGUGACUGGAAGGACAAGGAUCAGACAACUGGACCCAGUAAAGCCUUCASCAUCGGCCGCAUAGCUAAAGUGGAACAAAUCCCCUUCGAUGCCUCCACUCUUCACUCAAACAGCAGCAUGGCAGCUCAGCACGGCAUGGUGGACAACGGCAAGGGCAAGAUCCAGAUCUGGCGGGUUGAGAACGGUGAAAAGGUGCCUGURGAUCCUGCAAACUAUGGUCACUUUUACGGUGGAGACUGUUACCUCAUCCUGUACAGCUACGGGCAGGGAGGCCGGGAGCAACACAUCAUUUACACCUGGCAGGGACUGAAGUGCACCCAGGAUGAACUGGCAGCUUCAGCCUUCCUCACAGUGAAGCUGGAUGACUCAAUGGGAGGAGCUCCAGUUCAGGUGAGAGUGACUCAGGGUCAGGAGCCCCCCCACCUGAUGAGCAUCUUCCAGGGCAAACCCAUGAUCAUUCACAGUGGAGGAACGUCCCGGAAAGAUGGGCAGUCCAAGCCCAGYACCACCCGCCUCUUCCACAUUCGUCAGAGUUCUUCUGGUGCUACCCGGGCCGUGGAGGUCAAGGCCUGUGCCUCCAACCUGAACACCAACGACGUGUUUGUGCUGAAAACCUCCAGCGGCCUGUUUGUAUGGCGUGGAGUUGGGGCCAGCAGCGAGGAGGUGGAGGCGGCGAAGCAUGUUGUGGGGUUUUUUGGUGGCAGCCCGACCAAUGUGUCAGAGGGCAAAGAGCCAGCUAACUUCUGGGAUGCUUUGGGUGGAAAGAAGGAGUACCAGACCUCCAAGAGUCUGCAGGGCUCAGCCAGACCUCCACGUCUCUUCGGCUGCUCCAACAAAACCGGAAGACUCAUUGUGGAAGAGGUACCCGGAGACUUCACACAGUCAGAUCUGGCUACUGAUGACGUCAUGAUCCUGGACACCUGGGACCAGCUCUUCCUUUGGGUCGGUAACGAGGCUAACGCAGAGGAAAGAACCGGAGCUCCCAAAAUAGCCAAAGAGUAUGUGGACUCAGACCCCUCAGGUCGCAGAGGACUGCCCAUCACCACCAUCAAACAAGGAGCAGAGCCUCCAACUUUCACCGGCUGGUUCCAGGCGUGGGAUCCCCAGAUGUGGGAGAAGGACCCGCUGGACAGAAUCCGAGCCCGUUUCUAAUGUCAAAACUCCAUGUUUUUCAAUGACCUAGUACUUUGUGUUGCCUUGUUUUUUCUUAUGCUUUAGUUUAUUUGAACCCCUAAGUGCCAAAACAAAUAUCAGGUUUAUUUUUUUGCCAUUUUGCCUACAGUGCACUAGAUUUUGUCAACAGAAAUGGAUCACACCGGUGAUGCCUUCCACAAAAAUAUGUGUUUUAUAAAUUGACAUACAUGUUUGUAAUUAAAUUAUCAGAAGCUAAACAGGAAUAUUAUUUUAAAUGCCUGCAGAUGUCCUUUUUGUUUCUGUUUCUCUGGCACAGUGCAGUAAAGAACUAGAACGGUACAAGCGAAGCUGGUAACAAGACAUAAUACUGCCUGGUUUGUACCAGGUAUGCACUAGAUAUGUAUCAGGUACUUACCAGAUCUAUAUCAAGUACAUACCACAUAUGUACCAGGUACUUAGUCUGUACUGAGUACAUAUUGGGUACUUAACAGGUACUUAUUAUCUACUUUAUUGGUAUUAUGGACYUUUUACCAAGUAUAUACUAGUUACUUACUCUGUAAAUACUUGGUACUUAUUAGAUAAUUAUGUUGUAGGUAGGUAAGUACCAGGUAAGCACUUACUCAUGUGUUUGUUACCUAUGGGGAUCAGGCUGUACAAUGGCUGUGUMCUGUAUUUCUACAGAAAGGCUCCCUCCUUCACCCAACAUUUGUCUGUUUUAUGUUUACUUAUUUGCACCAGAAGGUUGUACAGAACCUUUCACAAAAGCUGCACUUGUCAUAUUUCCUACUUGUGUAUUUUAAAAGAUGUACAAUGUAAAAUUUGCAAAAGUUACUUGAGUCAUUUUCAAAGUGCCCUGAAAUGUUCUGGCUUUAAAAUAAAAGUUGUAAAUGAAA